UCACGGACGGGUCAGCAGCAACCACACUGCGACCUCUGUCAUUGUCACCAGUACCGGAAUAUCUUCAAAUGGAGUGGGGCCCAGAAUCACAAUCCACUCUGAUUGUAGGACGGGCAGGCAGGACAGAUCCUUCCAAACAAAAAAAGUCCCUUCCUGGUGGCUGCACAUUGCUUUUGUCCAGUUCCAGGAAUUGAACCGGCAAAUAUUGGCUGGGCCGCCCUGAUCUUCAAACACCAUUUCCUGUGGGUAGGAGGCCACGCAGUGCUGAAGACCCGGGGCCCCCAGCCCAGGGAGCUUGCUGGGAUGGGUCCAGCCUGGCUGUGGCUGCUGGGAGCAGGGAUCCUGCCCUCUGUCCACUGUCAGACCUUUCCUGCCCACAAAGGUAGGAGUCUGGGGAUCCCUCAAGCCCCCCGUGAUCAGCUCUCCGCGCCAGCCCCUGCCUACCACAAAAUCACACCCACUGUCACCAACUUUGCCUUGCGUUUGUACAAGCAGCUGGCCACGGAAACCUCAGGAAACAUCUUCUUUUCCCCCGUGAGCAUCUCUACCUCCCUGGCCCUGCUCUCUCUUGGGGCCCAGGCUGACAACCCAGAUCAGAUCCUGGAGGGCCUCGGCUUCAACCUCACAGAGACCCCAGAAGCUGACAUCCACCGGGGUUUCCAGAGCCUCAUCCACACCCUUGACCUGCCCAGCCCCAAACUUGAACUAAAAGUGGGCAACUCCUUGUUCCUGGACAAGCAACUAAAGCCUCAGCAGCAUUUUUUAGACACUAUCAGGGAGCUGUAUGGAGCUUUUGCUUUCUCUGCCAACUUCUCAGAUUCCACCACGACCAGGAGGCAGAUUAAUGAGUAUGUGAGAAAGCAGACGUACGGGCAGGUGACGGACUGCCUCCAGGAGUUCACGCAAGACACGCUCAUGGUUCUCUUGAAUUACAUCUUCUUCAAAGCCAAGUGGAAGCAUCCUUUCAAUCGCUACCAGACCCUGAAGCAAGAGAGCUUCUUUGUGGAUGAGAGGACCUCCCUCCGCAUCCCCAUGAUGCACCAAAAGGAAAUGCACAGGUUCUUCUAUGACCAGGAAAUGGCUUGCACUGUCCUCCAGAUAGAAUACAGUGGAAACGCACUGGCUCUGCUGAUCCUACCUGACCCAGGGAAAAUGGAGCAGGUAGAGGAAGCUCUGCAGCCAGAGACCCUGAAAAAAUGGGAUCAGUGGCUUCAGCCCAGCCUGCUGGAUUUACAUCUGCCAAGGUUUUCCAUUUCUGGGACAUAUAACCUUGAAGAAAUACUUCCCCACAUGGGUCUCACCAACAUCUUCAACUUAGAAGCUGACUUAUCGGGAAUCACUGAGCAGCUCAACAAAACCAUCUCCCGGGUGUCACACAAGGCGGCCGUGGACAUGAAUGUGUGGGGAACCAGGGCAGGGGUUGCCUCCGGCCUCCUCUCCCAGCCCCGGGCUCUGAACACAACGUCGGCCCCACAGGCCCGUUUCAACAGGCCUUUCCUGGUGCUCCUGUGGGAGGUGACCACUCAGAGCUUGCUCUUCCUGGGCAAAGUCGUCAACCCGGCUGCAGGGUGACCGUGGUGGGAGGCCACGUGAUGGCUUGUCUCCCCCUCCCCCGGAACAAUCAGGAAGGCCAGCACCAGCCUGCACCAUGGGCUGCUGUGAGGACCAGUUGAUCAGUGUGCAAAGAUCCUAAUAAAGUUGACCUUGGGUUGUGUGAA